ACAUUGCACCCUAUAUUGCUAAAGCAAGUCAUUCUUUUUCUUUCAACAACCACAACAUUACCAACUACAUGUUCACUAACCUAACGCUUACAGUAUGUCCGCUCCCUUCAUGCAUUGUAUGACAAUGUGGAGAUCCCUUAUCGGCAUACGCAAUUCGGAGCUGUUCUCAUGGUGGACGUCGUAGGUAAGAUAACCUUGAUCUAUUUAAAUAACGAACAAAUAACUUAAGGUUUUCUUUAGGAUUCAGUCAGGUAGAACAAUGACAUCCAACAGAGGAUGUGGCAAGUAGGAGCUAACAUGAAGAUAAAUUCUUAGUUAACCACUUUGGCGACCGAAAAAGGAGACUCUGGAGCCGAGGCCAUUGCAUUGGAAGUUGGCACCUACAUGGGCGAAUGUAUCGAGAUCAUUGAACAUUUUGGUGGCGAUGUUGUAAAGUUUCUUGGUGACGCCGUCCUAGUAUGCUUCCAAGCCGACUUGGAAGACGACCAAACUGCCGAUGAUCCAUUGCAGGGUUCGAGAAGUCGCAACGCUAUAUCACUACGUCAAAAAAGUGUACUUGUACGCCGAGCUGUAGAAUGCGGUUUACAGCUGCUUGCACGACAAUCUCACUACCGUGUUUACUUGACCGCCGAAGAACGAUCAAAACACCGAGGUUCGACAAACCGUGAAAUUGAACGACGAGACCGAGGUUCCGGUUCAUCCCGCUUUUUCUUAUUCGAUGGCGGUUCAACAAGCAAUAACAGCCGUACCAGCAGCGAUGAUCGACGUGCGUCUUCUAUUGAUAGCAUACCGAUACCCACACUGCAGCAGCAAAACGUCAAUAAUCCCGAAGAAUACUCGAUGGCUUUCAGUUUUUGGCAUUGUUUUCCCUUCUUUCACAAGAAAAACAGGGUGUACGCUUUGCGUCACAGCUUGAAUACCAACCAUUCUGAUGACGACCGAAAUGCCAUUGAUCUCGAACUUCAUAUUGCCGUAUCAUGCGGAGAUAUUACAAACGUCAUUGUCGGUGAUGUAGGGACUAACACCCAUAUAGAAACGCCCCUGAGUCCUAGUAAGGCGACGAAUCGAAAAUCACACUAUUCGUAUGCGAGUAUGGAAGGCAGCGAUGCCACGGGAAGUGACCAAUACCUCGAAUAUUUCGGACGUCUAGAAUACGCAGUGUGUGGCAACACCGUUGAAGCACUUGAACCGGCAUUGACUCUAGCCAAAGCCGGCGAAAUGAGUAUCACGCCUGAAGUGUACGUCUACAUACAACAGCAACCGCUUGUUGCUUCAUUUGAAAGACGACGCGAUUUUUACAUCAUCAAAAGCACCCACAAUAACCACAACCAAUCGCCCCCACCACGAAAAACCAGCCCGUUACGACAUCCAAUGCAAAAGUCCAGCACCGCACCCAACCUUAGUUACCUUGCGGAUCGGCCCGCACUGAAACAACAAGCCAACAACCUGAACAUCGAGCCGAUUAUUCCCCGUAUUCGAAAUACAUCGUAUCUGCGUUUAUCAACAGAUGCCAAUCCCAAUUACCACAAAUACCUCAAUCGCAGUGCUUUGUACCGUCUACAGCACAGUGUGGACGACAAUUUUCCCGCCCAGUUUCGCGAUGUCACCAUCAUGUUUAUCAACCUGGGCAAUGUCAACGUCGCCAACAAAGAUGGUCUAAUGAUGGCGCAAAAAGCCGUGAAAAUCGCCAUGAAAGCACUGGUCAAAUAUGAAGGUGUACUGCAACAAUUUGCCGUGGAUGAUAAAGGUGCCACAUUACUUGCUGUGUUUGGUUUACCUCCUCAGUCGCAUGAACGUGAGGCGAUAUUUGCCGCUAAAGCCGCGAUUGACAUUCGAGAUAAAUACUCGCAAUUUUUGCCGGGAUUCGCUAUCGCAUUGUCUACCGGUAUUAUCUUCAACGCUGUUAUGCCUCAGAGUAAUCCGUACCGUCGAGAUCCCGGGAUUGCCGGUGACACCAUUGUACUUGCUGUGCGUAUGCUGAAAUUCUCCUUUGCUCGAGAGAGUAUCGUAUGCGAUUAUGCCACCAAAGCGCAAAUUGGAGGACAGUGUGAAUUUGAGGAAUACGGCGAAAAUUUUGUCAAGGGAAAGGUGAAACCGGUCCCGAUUUAUGGCAUUCAGAAUUUUACCGUGGCGAAAACAAAACGACUUUCGUUGAAAAGCCUGGGAAAGACAUCAGACUUCAUCGGGUACAAGACGGAAAUGUCAAUUGCCAAACGAGUCGUGGACGAGUGGGACGAUAUACCCAACCACCACGUUCUUAUCAUCUCCGGUCCCUCUGGCGUAGGAAAAAGUUUCUUUUGUCACGCUUUGCACAAAACCUUGAGUGCCCACGGUGUCACAUGCUGCUGGUCAUCCUCAACGGAAGUGGAAAAGGGCUCCAAAUACUAUCUGGUCAAAAAUCUGUUGCUCUCUUUGUUUGAAAUCAUCGAUUCCGACAGUGUGCCUCAACGAGCCAAAAGGCGUACUUCCUGCCUUUAUAACGGGCUGGUUCCCUUGACCAGCGGAUCCUGUUGCUCCAACAACCAGAAUGAAUCGAUUCGUUCCUCGCAGACGUCGCUACCUUCCCCGCUUUACAGCAAGAAAAAGUUUCAGCGUUUACCGUCGAAUUCGACUAUGAAUCGGUCUUCUGCCGCUACCUCGAGCUUACAACAGCAGCCAGAGAUGAGCAACGAGGUCAUGGAGUUGAUAUCACGGUGCCUGAAAAAAUGCGGCGAGGAUGAAGGCUUUCUUCCGUUGUUCAAGGUCGCUUUUCCUACAUUGAGCGAUGUCGUGGAGAAUAAGCAUACGGUUCGUCUGGAUGGUCGCGGACGUGAUGUUCUGUUUACCGGCGUAAUUAGUCGCAUGGUGCGCCAUGUCUCGGAACACGUGGGUCUUGUCUUUGUGUGUGACGAUGUACAAUGGGCGGAUUCAGCAUCGAUGCGUGUGCUUCAGUACAUCCAUGAACAGUGUCAACGGGUUAUGCUCCUGUUAGCUACACGGCCGGUGAAAGAUUACCAUGUCACGUUUAUCAAACAUUUUUGCAAUACGGGUUCGCCUGUGGAGAUUACGCUCAACGGUUUAAGCGCGGAUGAAAUUGGAGAAAUCAUUCUUCAGACUUUCCAGGCCGGUGUCAAUCGCGUCAGCUCCGAAAUUGUCCACGUGAUCCAGAAACGAACCGGUGGCAAUCCGCUUUACGUCAAGAAUAUGGCCAUUAUUCUGAAAGAUUUUAAUCAUGUAACAGUUGUACAAGGCGAACUAGUGCCCCGAAGCAACCGAUUUGAUCUGGAGGAUCUAUUGGGAAAUUUUGACUAUAAACGAAUUAUCAAGAUGCAGUUUGAUCGUCUUGAUGCCAAUUUUCAAGAAUUCUUGACGGUGGCUAGCUGUCUGGACCAGCAUUUCACAAUCUAUGAAGUAGAAGCGGUGAUCAAAUCCUCUAAUGCGAUUUUUCAGGAACAUGAUCCGCAAAAGAUACGAAGUAUCAUCCAAAAAUACGAUGUUUACCAUUUCCUACAACCGGUGACGGAAAGUUCGAUCGACAAUUCCAACGAAACGUAUUCCUUUGCUCAUAUUACAAUCCCCCAAAGUAUUUAUUACAUGGUCUCAUACGAAACCCGGAUUCUCCUUCAUCGGCUGCUAGCUCGCUAUUACGAAAGUCAGCUGACGCGCGAGAAUUAUUCGCAACUGCUUGGCAAAGUCACUCGUCAUUUCUUGGAAACAGAUUGGCUUGAUAAACAGCUAUAUUACCUGGAAGCGUUAGCCGACCUCAAUAUGCGAUCGUACCUUUUACCAGAAGCGACGAACAAUCUGGAACGAAUUGUCAAGCUGUUGGAUAAUAACGAGGAGUUGGCGCUGAAGUACGGCCAUCUUCAUCGGAGCGAUAUCUAUCGACGCCUUGGCAUUUGCCUUGCCAUGCGGACCAAACUCGUGGAAGGAGAGAAGUAUCUAUUUAUGGCGUUACGAUGCCUUGGUGAACCGUGGCCCGAGAGCCAUCCUGACUUUCUUUACCGAUACUGGAAGAACCGCUUCGUCCAAUACCAGCACCGUCGAUGGCGGGUGUUUCACAAGACGAAAAAAGAUCUCAAACGACAAAUCCAUCUUCGUGUUACGGAAAUCAUGGCCCAGCUUUCAAAUAUUUAUUUCUAUACAGGAAAAGGUCGAGCUUUCAUUUACACAUGUCUGGUCGGCUUAAACGCUUGUGAAAGGCUGGGCGACGUGGGACCAAAUUAUACUUUGUUUCUGGCCCGAAAUUCGCUUCUGUGCUGGCUCAACGACAAAAAGGAACACAGUAUCUUUUACAUCACGCGGGCGUUGCAAUACAUGGACGAGAAAAGUGAUGCGGGGACCUUGACGAUCUAUGCGCAUCUAUGCUUUGCGGCGGGAAAAUUUAGUAUGGCUCGAGAACGGUUAUAUCAAUCGAUCGAUGCGGUGAGAACAUACGGCGUCGCUACGGACUGCCAGUCGUUCUAUCGGUGUGUGGGUCUUAUCGUGACGAUGCGCAUCUUUGAAGGCACGUUGGAUCAGUCACCGGACGACCUGGUCUUGCUGAAACAAAUGGCCGACACGGCGCAUAGUAACAGCGAUUUCGAGGCAGAGAUCUGGUUAGGCGUCUACAAUAUUGCCAACGCGCUCAUCAUGGACCGACUCAGGGAAUGCGAGCCUUUUGUGGCGCUUUUGGAAGCCCAUUUGAAAGAAGCGGCAGACUACAACCGAAUCGCCAUCCACGGUACGCUGUUAUGCUACUAUGCUCGCUGUCGAAGCUAUGAGAAUGCACGAAGACAUACCCGGUGUUUGGUUGCUGUUCUACCGGCAUUAACGGUGACACCCAACAUAUUUCCUAUCUUUGGAUUAAUAUUUGCCACCAUGGGAAUGUUUUGCCUGAUUGAAGAUGAGGAAGUGGAUAUCGUAUCGAUGGGAGAUCACAAAAACUAUGAACGAUUCAUCCGUGGUAUCACUCGCAUCAACCAUGCGUUUCAACAAGUGAAAUUCUGGGAAUUCACCCAGCCUUGUUUGUAUCUCGCCCGAGCCUUGCCAUACCUUAGCACGGGCCGCACCGUCGAAGGAUUCACGGUGUUACGACAUGGCGUUUAUGAAAUGCAUUUCAUCCAGGAGAUUCGAUUCCUCCGAGCUUAUUAUUGGGCUAUUUUAGGAAAGUAUGCGUUUAUGCCGUCGGAAAGAAUCGAAUGGACCAACCGCGCUAAAGCCGAUCUCGAAGCGUUGGAGAUUCCCUCCCAUGUGUAUUGUAAUCCUGACCCUGGGAAAUAUUAUUCCUGGGGCACACCCGCCGACCUUGCCGAGUAACCAACUAUUUUUCCCCUUUUCUCCACCGCUGGACGGGUCAUGCAACAUUUUCAGCUUAUUUUAUUUAUUGAUAUUUUAGCUUAUUACACCAUUAAUGUUCAGCUUCUGUUGCUGGUUUGUAAAUUGCCUAAUUCAUUGACAUUGUAUUGUAAAAGCCGAAACUAAAAAAAAUCGGGUUGAAGUAAUAAAUCACCGCUUUUGUAAAUGCUCAUCAGAUAAA